AUGCAGACCAUUCGGGACCUGCAAGAGGGAAGGCCUCUGGGUAAUGUAGCCUGGGUCCAGGACUCCCCAGUCCUCUCUCCUGCGUGUAUACUCCCCGUCACCUUCUCAGACAAGCCCAGGAGUGGGGGAGACAAGGAGGGCCGUGAGGAGCGGGCACCAAUGAAGAAAGACAAAGGCCCUCACUUCACCAAGUCAGACCUGAGCCUGCUGCAACUCAUCAAAGCCGGGAAGGAGGGCAUCUUCUACAAGGCCAGGAUGACACGGGGAACCUGCAAGGGCCAUGAGAUGUUCACCUGCAAGAUCGCCAAAGAGGGUGUGACCCCUAAAACCAUCCUCUUGUAUUCUCCUAGGAGUGACCCUUACCCAUCCUCUUGUAUUCUCCCAGGUGUGACCCCUAAAACCAUCCUCUUGUAUUCUCCUAGGAGUGUGACCCCUAAAACCAUCCACUUGUAUUUCUAUGUGUUGAUAAUGGAGUUUGUGAGCUCUGGCACCCUGCGUAGCUUCCUAAAGAACAACAAAGACAAGCUGACCCCUGACCCUGAGCUGCAGAGCCUGUUCACCAUCGCCUCCAUUCACAUCGCUCUAGCCAUGGAACCCCUGAGAUCCAAAAUGGUGGUGCACUGUGACCUGGCCCUCAGAAACAUCAUGGUGAACAGGUUUCCCUGGGAGGUCAAAGUGGCAGAGUUUGGUCUGGCCAGGGACCUGACCCGAGUGAGGAGCUACCGCAGCAGCCGAAGGAAAAACCCACGGGAGCGCGUGCCCCUUCGCUGGUACCCGCCUGAGUACUUCAGAAACAACUACUACAGCUUUAAGGGGGAUGUGUGGUCGUAUGGCAUCGUGCUGUGGGAAAUGCAGAUGUUUGGCACCUUACCAUACUCCAACCUGGAGACGUCAGAAUCAGUGGUCUAUUACAUCUGUGCAGGGUACAAGAACAAAGACCCUGACGGCUGCCGUCCCGAGAUACUACAGAUCAUGAGAGACUGUUGGACGGAACCCUACACUUCCAGGCCGUCCUUCACAGACAUCGUGAGAAUACUGGAGAACAUCAUGGAGAAUGACGCAGGGAAGAUGCCAUGUGCCAAGUGUGGGGAUGAAGUCAAGGCAAAGGGCUGUAAAAGUGGAGGGGACCACAAUGUGGCUCUUGGGGGAUGUGUAGUGCAGAAACAGGCAGCACAGCGGCUUGGAGAACGGGCCAGUAAGGGUCUGAACCUGCCUGAACAGGGUCAUUCAGUGGAACGGGGAGGCAACAUGGCAGAACGAAUGGAGACAUUGGGCACUCUGGUCCUGGCUGCAGGAAGGCAGGAAGGCUGGUCCUCUCAGUAG